AUGGAUACGCUUGUCGUCGAGACUCAUCCAAUCGGUCAAGGAGGAAAUGGGGCUGUCUACAAAUUGAUUGGAUAUCAACCACCAGCAGUGAUCAAGUACCUGAUCAACGUAAACGAACAACAGAGGCUCGGCUUCGUGCACAAGGAUGUGAAACCGGGAAACGUUUUUAUCACAAAAGAUUGGACGGUUAAACUUGGGGACUUUGGAAGUGUCCGUGCUUGUGAUGGAACAUCGAUUGAGGCUUUCAGAGGGACAAUUCGAUACUCGGUUCCUGAUCAAAUAGGAAUCCCUGAAUUAGGGGAAAAUCCGACGGAAGAAGAGAAGGAGCUACGAAAAAGAUGCUAUCACCGAAAUGAUGUUUACAGCCUGGGACUUGUUUUGUGGGAGCUAAUAGAGAGACGACAAGUCUAUUCGAAUUACGAGAAAGUCGAUGGUUACAAUGGAAAAAUGUUUAAUGAAAGUCUUUUUUACUCAUUCAUCCAAGCAAAUAAACAAUUCGAUUUGGAACCAAUCAAUUGCAUCGAAGAAUUGAAAGUGAUUUUUGAGAAUGCAACAAAAUUUCUUGCCUUGGAAAGAUCGGAUGCAAUGGAGACUCGAGAUCAAUUGGCACAGCUAGAGAAAGAAAGUUGGGUGAAUGAAUUCAUCGAAGCACCAAGGGAAGAUAACGAGGAAAGAGAUUUGGUUAAACCAAAGGGCUUUGACGGGACAAGGCAUCGAGUUCUGGUGGCUUCUUUAAAACUAGAUGAUGCUGUCAACGAGGAAGAUUACAUUGUUCCCGAUCCAGAGAUGUCUGAUUCUUCCUCCGAUGGCGAUUUGCUGUAUUCUCAUGAUGAGCCCAUUGAUUUCUUCAUGAUCAUCGACGCAAUGCGCGAGAAAAGCGCGCAAAUCUUGAGAACUCAAAAGUUGAAGUUGGCCAAAAUGUUGCCGUUGGAUGAAGUGAAUAAACCGAAAUUUGAAUUACCGAAGAAAAUUGCCUCGGGCAUGUUCAAUAUUAUGAUUGGUCUCCGAAAGCGGCAAAAAUCUAUU